AGGUCCAAAUCCCGCUAAACCCGGGGCUUUGCCAGAUAAACAGCCUGCUUUGCGAAGGCAGCGCGUUUGUGAAAACACAAUUAGCAAACCCUGUAAUCUGCACUAAUUACCGGGCCCGAGGUCUCCCCUGCGGCCGCGGCGCGGGGACCAUGGGGGACGCGCUGGGACCUGGGGGACGGCGCCCGCCCGGGGGCUCCUUCACCAUCGCGUCCCUGCUGGCCGAGCGGGGGCCCCCCAGCCCGGCCCCCCCCGGGCGCAGCCCCCCGGGCGCCCCCCGGUCCCCCCCGGAGCCCGGGGACAAACCCCCCCAGUCCUACAUCGCCCUCAUCUCCACCGCCAUCCUGUCCUCCCCAGAGAAGAAGCUGCUGCUCUCCGACAUCUACCAGUGGAUCAUGGACAACUACCCCUACUUCAAGAACAAGGAGAAGAGCUGGCGCAACAGCGUCCGCCACAACCUGUCCCUCAACGAGUGCUUCGUCAAAGCCGGGCGCAGCGACAACGGCAAAGGCCAUUUCUGGGCCAUCCACCCCGCCAACAUGGAGGAUUUUGCCAAGGGCGACUACCAUCGCCGGCGGGCCCGGCGGCGCGUCCGCAGGGUGAACGUCGGCUACUACCCCCCGUACGCCCUGUACGGCCUCGGCUGCUGCUGCCCCUGCUGCCCCCCCGCCCCCCCCCGCGCCCCCCCUGGCCCUGCCCGUGCUGCCCCCGCUGGCCCUGCCCGUGUUCCCCCCGCGCUGCCUGCCCGAGCGGGGCCGGUGGGGCUGGGGACGGGUCCCCCCUCCCCGCGGCCCCGGGCCCCUUCAGCCCCAGUUCCUGUAGCCCCCCCCCCCCGUGCUCAGUGCCUGGACGGGUCCCCCCAAAACAUGGAGCAGCUCAGGAUGUCACCAGCCCCGUGUUGUCCCCCCCCAUCAAGCCAAGGGGUUGCGUGUGAUCCCCCUCCAUCACCAAUGAAACCCAAUGGGGCCAGCGCCAGGGGUGCAUGUGUCCCCCCAACAACCCCUGUCCCCAUCCCCCAGUGGGGACCCCCUACCCUCCCUGGGGUCCAACCUCAGCGGGGGACUCACUGCCCCACGGUCCCUCCACCCCCAGCCCAGGCACAUAUGGGGCUUAACCCCCCCCCCAGCAGGCCCCUUGCCCUAAUUAUUUUCUUACUAAUUGUCCUUGACGCCCCUAAUGAAAAUCGCGGCUCCCAGGUGUUAAGUGGCAUUAGGGCGUCUCGCUAAGAACGACGACUCGGCCACUAAAUCCCGGGAGAUAAAACCCCCAAAGCUCUUUGCGCCCCCGAGAACUGGGCAGCUUAUGACACAAAUUAAUCCCACAACAUGGGCCGUGCCCUUUGGGGGGGGUGAGGGGUCGGGUUGGGGGGGCUCUGGGGACAUGGGGGUGGGGACAGGGUGGCAGUUUUGGGAUCGUCCCCUCAGUGCCAACUGCCUCAGUUUCCCCACCUGCAGCUGGUCCCUGGGGGGACAUGGGGGGUGCACCCCCCAAACCCCAGCCCUGCGCUCCUUAAACCGCGGCCAUCUGGGUGCCGGUGUUUGUCCCGGCCCUAAUCUGGGCCCAAACGGGAUUAGGGACCCCCCCCGUGUGUCCCCCGCCCGGGGCGGCUUAAGUGGGGGGGGGGGGGGGGGGGGGGGGGAUCCAGCCAUGGGGGUCCUGGGCAGACGGGGAGGGGCUGGGACCCCCUUUGCUGUUACGCGUGUCGUUGUCCAUCGGGGGUGUUGCUCUGGUUGGGGAAACUGAGGGAUGGCCGCAAGCUGGGCUGACACCCCCAGCCCCGGACACCCCAAAAUCACUGACACCCCCAGCCCCGGACACCCCAAACUCACCAACACCCCCAAAUCACCAACACCCCGCAACCCCAGACACCACAAAAUCACCAACACCCCCAACCCUGGACAUCCCCAAAUCAUUGAUGGCCCCAAGUCACUGACACCCCAACCCUGGACACCCCAAAAUCACCAACACCCCCAGACUCCCCCAAAUCACUGACACCCCCAGCCCUGGACACCACAAAAUCACUGACACCCCCAGACACCCCAAAAUCACCAACACCCCAACAUCCCAAAUCACUGACACCCCCAACCCCGGACACCCCAAAAUCACUGACACCCCCAGCACUGGGCACCACAAAAUCACUGACACCCCCAACCCCAGACACCCCAAAAUCACUGACACCCCCAGCACUGGGCACCACAAAAUCACUGACACCCCCAACCCCGGACACCCCAAAAUCACUGACACCCCCAAAUCACUUACACCCCCAGCCCCAGACACCCCAAAAUCACUGACACCCCAACCUCAGACACCCCAAAACCACCCACACCCCCACCCACAUCCCCCGCCCCCCCCCCAGCCCAGGGACCUCCAGCCGAGUCCCCAAACCCCCCAAAACCCCCCAAAACCCCCAAGAAUAAGAACAACACCGAGGACCCCGAGGAGCCCCCGGUGGCUUUUCCGCCCCCAAGAAACCAAACGGCUGCGCGUGUACUUUUAAUAUAUAGUUUAUUCUUUUUAAAGCCCCCCCCAAAGUGCAAUUCUUAUUAUUUUAUAUUCUCCUCAGUCUCCCCCACUUUAUAAAUUCUAUCAA